CUUCAGUGACGGAGUCCGCAAAGCUGAGUGACUUGGUAGAAAUAGUUCUCUACUGGACUCCCCUUUGCCAGCUGCUCACCCUCCUGCUUGCUUUUUAUAAUGAAAACGGAAAUUAUUCCUGCUUCCAAGGAUGGCCGAUUCAGAAAUGGUGGAGGUGGAGCCGGAACCCAACAUCAGAGGCCCUGAGAUAGUCACCAUGGGGGAGAACGACCCUCCGGCAGCCGAAGCUCCCUUCUCCUUCAGAUCUCUUUUCGGCUUGGAUGAUUUGAAAAUAAGUCCUGUGGCACCAGACGGAGACGCAGUGGCCGCGCAGAUCUUGUCCCUUCUGCCCUUGAAGUUUUUUCCGAUCAUUGUCAUUGGGAUCAUCGCCUUGAUACUGGCGCUGGCCAUCGGCCUGGGCAUCCACUUCGACUGCUCUGGGAAGUACAGGUGCCAUUCAUCUUUCAAGUGUAUUGAACUAACAGCUCGAUGCGACGGGGUCUCCGACUGCAAGAACGCAGAGGAUGAGUACCGAUGCGUGCGGGUGAGCGGCCAAAGAGCGGCGCUCCAAGUGUUCACAGCCGCUGCGUGGAGGACCAUGUGCUCCGAUGACUGGAAAAGCCACUAUGCCAAGAUUGCCUGUGCCCAGCUGGGGUUUCCCAGCUAUGUGAGCUCAGACCAACUCAGAGUGGAUGCGCUGGAGGAGCAGUUCCAGGGCGACUUUGUGUCCAUCAAUCACCUCUUGUCAGAUGACAAGGUGACGGCGUUACACCACUCUGUGUACAUGAGGGAAGGCUGCACCUCAGGCCACGUGGUCACCUUGAAGUGCUCAGCCUGUGGCACAAGAACGGGCUACAGUCCCCGCAUUGUGGGUGGAAACAUGUCCUCGCUCACUCAGUGGCCCUGGCAGGUCAGCCUCCAGUUCCAGGGGUACCACCUAUGUGGGGGCUCCGUCAUCACCCCUCUGUGGAUCGUCACUGCGGCACACUGUGUUUAUGACCUGUACCACCCCAAGUCCUGGACUGUCCAGGUGGGUCUUGUGUCCCUGAUGGACAGUCCUGUGCCCUCCCAUCUGGUGGAGAAAAUCAUCUAUCACAGCAAGUACAAGCCAAAGCGACUGGGCAAUGACAUAGCCCUCAUGAAGCUGUCCGAGCCACUCACCUUUGACGAGACCAUUCAGCCCAUCUGUCUGCCCAACUCUGAAGAGAACUUUCCCGAUGGGAAACUGUGCUGGACCUCAGGAUGGGGAGCCACAGAGGAUGGAGGUGACGCCUCCCCUGUCCUGAACCACGCGGCUGUCCCUUUAAUUUCAAACAAGAUCUGCAACCACAGGGACGUGUAUGGUGGUAUCAUCUCUCCCUCCAUGCUCUGUGCAGGCUACCUGAAGGGCGGUGUGGACAGCUGCCAGGGAGACAGUGGCGGACCCCUAGUGUGCCAGGAGAGGAGACUGUGGAAAUUAGUGGGUGCAACAAGUUUUGGAAUCGGCUGUGCUGAGGUGAACAAGCCUGGAGUCUAUACUCGAAUCACCUCCUUCCUGGACUGGAUUCACGAACAGUUGGAGAGAGAUCUGAAGACUUGAAGAAAAGGAAACCAGCCUGCCCCUGAGCUCCUGAGGGUGGUCACAGCCCGAGCCUUCCCUGGACUCCUGUGUGGCCAUGUUGGAUGCGAGUAUCAGCUUUACUGCUCUGCCCAUUGCACUGAAAGGGAGACAGCGGGAAGGGCAUUCUCCCAACCCCGACACCUGGAAUUGCUUGCUGCUGAAGCCCCUGGCCCCUGGGCUUUGGGGCUGAAACGACCUUGGAAGCUCUUUCUGUGCUUCAUGAACCAACUCAUGCACACACGUGGAACCUUUCCCUGCCACCACCCUAGAUUGUCUCCUCAGAGUUCCUGCCAACACAGGCAAGCUCUCAUGCAAAGCCAUCGAACACCAGUUGGGGCAGCUACGAGGCCAGGAACUACUGGUGUGGAUUGUUGAAGAUGCAGUCACCUGUUUGUUCCCAGAUCUCAGAUCUCCACCCAAUUGUCUCCUUCCCAGAGCUGGUUCCGGGAGUGGGGAACUUGGUCUGUGACAAAUUCACUGUUUUCUCACAGGAUUUGGUGCUUGAUGAAUUCCUCCCUUCUGGAAGGUGUCCCUUCGCUUAGCUUGGCUUGUCCUCGGGCUUGAGGUGGUGGGUGGUGGGCACGGAAAUCAUGGGCUCGCAUCAGAAGUCCAUCCUACACAUGUCAAGAGUUUGCAUUUUCCUGUUAGAACAGGUUUCCCAGAUCUCAGAAGUAUCCCAUAUUGCAUUGUGGGAUGCAUAAGCAGAGUGAGGGACACAGGUCUGGGCAGAGACAAGACUGGACACUAAAAGCAAGCUGAAUCGAGGAGUCCUAAGUGAUGGGGUCUGCCUCACCCCCCUGCCCUGUGCACUCUGCUAAUGGGUCAUAGCUGAUGGUGUCCGGGCCCCUCUUACAUGGCUCACAGUCCUGUGGUUUCCAUAUUACCCAAUAAUAGAGGAGGGUUAUGUGAGACAUAGCCAUAGGUCACUCAGGCUUGUCACAAACGAUGUCUUCAGAGUAGGAAUCAGUUGUUUUGUGGCUGUAACAAAAAGUGUAUGUGUGUAUGUGUGUGUGUGUGUGUGCAUGUGGUGGUGGGAGACACAUCAGCAAGACAAACUACUUUUGUACACACAUAGCCAUUGUACUUUGACUCAACCCUGUCCAGAUUAGAGCCCCACACAGCUUUCUGUGAAUAGAAUACAGGUCCCAAGACCCACAGUGGGUACCUGAAACUGUGGGCAGCUCCAAGCCCUAUACGGAUGGUUCUUUUCCAUAUGCAUCCCUCCCUACAGACGUGCUUCAUCUACUAGUCACAGUAAGAGAUGACAAUCCUCACUGAAAAUAAAGCACAGCAGUUAUAAAAA